AUGUAUGCUUCCAAGAAGCUCGACCACUUUGACCGGGAUCAUGAUAGCUCGCUCACGCUUCAUUUUACCAACGGAAGUGCUCACGAGCGUGAUAUCCUCAUCGGCGCUACGGCCCUAAAGCCGUACGUCGAAGCUCAAGCCAGCAUCGGUAAUAGACCUAUCAACGCCGAGGAUGCCUGCGAAAACACGUGGAUUGGUGACAGAACAUUCCUAUUGAAUAACCUGUUAAUUGAUGGCGAGUUGGUGCAAUUCGACAUUGCUUCGCACAACAAAGAUACAGAAUAG